AAGACAUAGGUCUAACAGUAGAAAAUGUCUGCCCUCAAUCCGGCACGCAAUGCAACUCGCGUCCAGGCGCCACCCGGUGGUCAUUCAUCAAUUAGCUUAUACGGUGAUGUACCCAGUCCAAGCAAAGCUCCGCCAACGUCUCCUCCAGAGGCAGAUCCUGCUGCCGAGCAACCGGGCGAUGAGGUUGCGGAAGUCUCGGAAGUUGAGCAGGCAGUGCCCUUGGAUGAUGCUCCAGCCAUGGAGGUGCUGAAGCUUCAGGCUAUUGGGGCUAUUGCCGCUGCGACUGACGCACCGGACGUGCGGGAGGCCAUCUCGACCAUGUUGAAGCAACUACAAAUUUCUUCGGAAGCACAAGCAGCAAAAGCAGCGGCAGAAGCCGCACCCGAGCCGGCGCCGGUUGAGGAUGAGGAUGCUAAAAAAGCUGAAGUGGCCUUGGCGGCUUUCAAGGCCGCACUGAAGCUUCGCGGGACGCACGGAAUUAUCAGUGUCGGCAAGAAAUUCCGCUCCAUGGAUGACGAUGGAAACCACAAGCUGACAUACGACGAGUUCAAGAAGGGCUUACAUGAGUUAAAACUGCACCUGUCCGAGGCUGACUUGAUGCGCCUGUUCCGUCGCUUCGAUCGGGAUGCCAGCGGCUUCAUUAGCUUUGACGAGCUGCUGGAGGGGCUCCGAGGGGAGCUCAGCGAACGCCGACUGGACAUGGUCAAGCGCUGCUUCAAAGUUCUGGAUACCACUGGCGACGGCAAGGUGUCUCUGGCGGACCUGGAGCGCCGCUACGACGCAUCGCGUCACCCGGACGUCAUCGCGGGGGUCAAGUCCCAGCGCAUGGUUCUGUUGGAGUUCCUCGGCGUGUUUGAGUCGGCGGGCGGUGGCGCCAAGGGGGACGGUCAGGUGGACUUUAACGAGUUCAAGACCUACUAUACCUUGAUCUCCGCCAACAUUGACGAGGGCAAAAGCGGUGACGACUACUUUGAGCUCAUGAUGCGCAACGUGUGGCACGUCAGCGGCGGUGAGGGCUGGUGCGCUAAUACGAGCUGCAAACGGGUGUUGGUGGUGCUUGAGGACGAUUCGCAGAAAGUGGUCGAGGUGACGGAUGACUUUGACGUGGACGUGAAGGACCCGGUCGCUGUGAAGGCUAAGCUGGUCGAGCAGGGCCUGAAGGGCAUCAAGAAUGUGGCGCUGUACGGGGACAUGAACGUGCCGUCGUCUCCCUCGCCCGCCACGCCCGCGGACGCGACGGCUUCCCCCCGCAUCGGUCGGCGGAUGCAUUUCCCCGAGCACGUCAAGAGCAGUAUCGUCUUUGGCUGAGGGGGCUUGCUGCGUGCUGUGCAUAAGGCACACUUAAAAACUAGACCGAUCUUCAACCCCUUGGAUUGUUUGGUCCUGUGACAUUGCGUCGACGCGCUGUGAAGAGGUGCAUGCAGACUAACAAACGGAGGCAGAAACGGCCUGCUGUGAUACCCAAAACCCAGCAAAUGUACAUACGUGC